AUGAUCGGUGAAUUGAUGAGGAACGAAGCAGAUAUUGGAGGAACAGCAUUAUUCUUUACGAGCGAUAGAGUUGACAUAAUAGAUUAUAUUUCUAUGACUACACCCACAAGAUCAAAGUUUGUCUUCAGGGAACCGAAGCUGUCCUACGUUACCAAUGUCUUUACUCUGCCAUUCGAUGACAAUGUUUGGGCUUCGACAAUCGCUCUAGUUAUCCUUAUGUGGCUGGUUUUAUUUAUUAUACUGAAGUGGGAAUGGGCCAAGAAGAAACAUUCACAAGAACCGGAGCCAUAUACUGCACCAGAACUUCAUGACUCCUCGUCGUCAACUAGUAUACAAACUUUGGAAGAUUUGCUCAAGUCCAGGCUUCAAGUUGGGGUGGAUGAUACUGUGUUUAAUCGAUUUUAUUUUCCAAAUUCUACUGAACCUAUUCGAAGAGCCAUUUACUUACAGAAAGUGAAGCCUCUAGGCAAGAAAGAGAAUUUCAUGACCAUGGAAGAAGGUGUAAGGAAGAUGAGGGAAGGACUUUUCGCUUUUCAUAUGGAGACAGGACCUGGUUACAAAUUAGUUGGAGAAAUUUUUCGCGAGAGUGAAAAAUGUGGGUUGAAAGAAAUCCAAUAUUUGCAAGUGAGCGAUCCUUGGUUAGCUAUACAGAAAAAUUCAUCCUAUAAAGAAUUUCUCAAAAUAGGGUAAGCAAUCUGUAUAGAAAUCCUUGGAACCUGUUUGAAUCGGCUAUUUCUCUCUUCAGCUUGAGGAAGAUACAAGAAAGUGGUUUGCAAUAUAGAGAAGUCAGUUUGAUAUACACCAAGAAACCUGCUUGUACUUCGAGGGGCUCUAGUUUCAUUAGUGUUGGUUUGGUCGACUGUUA